CUCCGCCUGGCUGGACUCAAAAUAUUCCUGGGUCCCCGUCCAAGCUCUUGCCCUCUACCUUCCACCCACUAUUUGAAGGACCCAGGUGUCCCCGGCGCCCCAGCCAUGGAGCAAGACAACAGUCCCCGGAAGAUCCAGUUCACUGUCCCACUACUGGAGCCACACCUGGACCCGGAGGCGGCGGAGCAGAUCCGGAGGCGUCGUCCCACCCCCGCCACCCUUGUGCUGACCAGUGACCAGUCAUCUCCAGAGAUCGAUGAAGAUCGACUUCCAAAUCCUCUGUUCAAGUCCACACUGUCCAUGUCUCCAAGGCAGAGGAAGAAGGUGACCCGGACCACGCCUACGAUGAAAGAGCUCCAAAUGAUGGUGGAACAUCACCUGGGACAGCAGCAGAAUCAGCAGGGGGAAGAAACGGAGGCAGCAGCAGCUGAGAGUGAAGAAACACAGCAAUCCUGCGGGCCUGAGAGUGCGGACUCAGAAAUGGAUUCAAAGCUGAGCCUCCCUGGAGCUGCCCAGAGUCCAUGGGCCACGGAGCUGACCAGGAAUCGAAACCGGGGCUGGAGCCCCCACAAAUGCUGGUUCUUUUCUUCUUUCUUCACUUCUGGGGGAAAACUCUUGUUUCUAAAAAGUGAUAAAUUUGGUGUUGGGCCUUUGGUGCCUUUUUUCUUUCCCAGAUAUAAGGGCCUCCAGUGUUCUUGUCUCCCUUCCCCCUCCUCUUAGCAAGCCUCUUGGGACUGCGGAGACAGCCCUGUCACUCAAGCCAGAAGACAAAGGUCAGCUUUUAUUUCACAGCCAGAGGGAUGAGGAUUUCACACCCGAGUUAUCCAUUUGCUAGGGGAACACCCAUGAAACUUGUCUCCCUGGCCAUUUUGGAAAACAGGCUGGGCCCUGGGCCCCAAAGCAGGAGAGAGGUCAAAAUGACCUUGGGAAUCACUGGGCAGCCACUUUGCAGUGUUAAGGAGAAAGCUGGUCUUCCAAUAACCAAGCUGGGGCCUCCCUCUGGUGACCAAAAGUCGACAUGACAUCCUUCCUUCCUUGUAUAAAUCCAGGAGGUGUCUCUAGCAUCCCCAGCAAGGGAGAC